GGGAAAAUGCAAUGCUAUAUCAAGUUAUGAUUUAGAUAGUUUUCAACCAUAUGUAAGUCAAGGAUUUCUAGAGUAUGCUGUCGAGUAUUUACAACAAGCAAAGCAUGUUACAUUCAAGGCUAUUUUUAAAAUGGAGAAGUUUAUCUAUUUUCUCUUCAAUACAGAAGACGGACAUUCAAAAUUAGGAAAAAUGUGUAUAGAUAAUUAUGAUAUGAAAACUAACACAUUUGAAGACACACCUAUUUUAUGUUCACAUGAUGGCAAAAACUACACACUGGCCCAGGAUGCUGUUCACUGGAAGGAAUACCUGCUCGUUGGAUUUAGUGAUGAUUCAUUAAAUGUAAUCUGCAAAUAUAAGAUUCAAAAUAUGGCAGAAAAGUUCAUGGAAUCCAGACAAGAACGAUUAGAAUGUCCAUAUGAUACUGCAAAUACAUACUUCAUAGAACAGAGACUACCAGGUUGGUGUUUCAAUAAAACGUCAGGACUAUGUCAAAAUGAAUUUUUAAAUUAUUCUUGUCCAGAAUUAACUGACGUAGACGACGGAUUCUGUAAUACAAUCUUUUUUGGAUCCGUAGAAGGAACACUACCUAUAACGGACGAUGAGAUAGUUUACAGCGACGAGAUCGAUAAAGUUGGUUCCAUAGUUAAACUUGGUAUUUUAAGUUUUUCUACCCACUCGCUAAUUUUUGCUGGAACAACGACAGGAAAGAUUGGUAAAAUAUAUGUAGAUGAAAGAAGAAGUAAGCAAUUAGGAACAUUUAACAUCGUUCAACAUUCGUUUCCAGUUUUAGAUAUACAAGUUCAGGACCAGAAUGUGUAUGUGUUGACUGAGAAUACCGUCAUAAAUAUCGCUGAUAAUGAGCCAUGUCCCUCAUAUGUAACUUGCUUCGAAUGUAUGACAUCAGAAAAUCCGGCUUGUGGAUGGGACAUUUUUAAUCCAAGGUAA